UGUCGGGUAACCGUUCACAAAGAUAACACACCUACUUGAUUCAAAAUUGACCUUGAUUCUUCGCAGUCAGUUCAGUAAAGAACCUUUUGUUCAACGUAACGAUAUUUUCAAAUCGUCACUGUAUUUUUGAACGGAUUGACUUAACGACGACUUAACUGAUCAUCACCUGCAGCAUGGCUAACUUAGGGUUUUUAGCAACAGUUUGUGUGCUGGGUGUUCUAGCUGGUCAAGUGAAUGGUCAGUGUCCCGAUGCAGCCGCAUGUUUCAACGACCUGGGUAUUAACAUAACAAACCCUGCCGCCGGUCUGGACGGUAUAAUAAAGACGAUAUGUAGCAAGUCUGCCCAGGUAUCGCAUUGCUAUGAUGUUCUUUUGCAAUGUGCAUUAAUCGCUCCGGACAAAACUGUGCUUCCAACAGAGCAGGAAAUGCAAAUGGCUCUUCAAACGCUGUGUCAAAACCAAACUGAGCUUGAUGCCGGUAUUACCUGCCUUGUCCAACAACCGAAAUAUCCUACAGAGAUAGCAGCCUGUGCUCUCCAGAUCCAGAAAAGUGUUACCGGCCUGACGCCUGCUCAAGAGCGAAACCCAAAAGGAUUAUUCUGCAGCUUGGUGGAGCCAUUUUUUAACUGUGUCACGUCGAUGUCCUCUUUUCGAGGUUGUAACAGCGACUUUAAAAACACUAUAAUUGUCUUUGAAAAACAACUCCUGCCAGCAGAUUGUCCCAUAAGUUCUGGCAGUCCGAGGUUAGACUCUUGGCUGUUUCUCGGGGUCAUUGCCGCUCUGGUCGCAUCGAGUUUUAAACGGCUUUAAAUGGACCACCUGACCAUGAACCCGCAAUUACUAAAAAAAAACCGGAUUAAACAAUGAUUUUUCUUGUGGUAGUAUUUGUCACUCGAUCGUUUUGUCCUGUAUCAGAAAUGUUUAUUAGCAUACAUUAAUCAUAUCCUCAAUUUAUAUAUACAUGUAUAUAAUGUAAAAUCGUAAUUAUAAGACUGAAGGGUUAACUGUGAAGUUUUAAAAUUAAUAUUCAUGUAGUCAUCAUUUAAUAAAGAAAACAAAAUAAAGAAAUUGAAAUUA